AUGAACAACCACAGUACCAAGCCAUCGCUGGAGUUGAGCGAUGGUGAAUAUCGUGACGACGAAGGCCUGCUUAUGGCCAGCAAGGGAGACGAAGGUUGGGAUGAAGGCCAAAAGACGCCUCUUGCUUCUCGCCAGCGCAAUGCAUUUGCAUUGUGGACGAUUCUCCUCUCGUCUCUGGCCGUGAAUUUUUCACAGACAUGGUGGCUUGCUGGUGAUGCUAUUCGUCACUCGCUGGCUUCACAUUCUUCGGCUGGGCAAUCUGCGACAUCCGUCUGGGGCGAGUCUUUUGACAUUGUCUACCGGCCACUCUAUCCAAAGGAGCAAUACGCUUAUACAAAUCUGGGUUCGCAAGUCGCCGACGAGAUGUUUAGGUCAUUCGACCCCGACAAGGGCGUGGUAGCGUUACCUAAAGGGGCACCACACGUCCUGCCUUCCAAAGAAUUUCCAUGGGAUAAGACAAAGGAGGUCUUCGUUCUCUCUGGCUACCACAGCCUGCAUAGUAAAGUACUGUGGAGCGAGCUUCGCAAGCUGAGUAGCGACAAACCACUGACUGCCCACGUCCUACACUCGCUGCACGUACUGUGGCAAGACACUCUCUGCGCAGCACGUGCAGACCCGAUGACGAUCUCAGGGAUCGUGACCGAUCGGGUCCUCGUGGACAAAUUCAAUCAAACACGCUUCUGUCGAGAUUGGAGGGAGCUCGAGCAACUCCGGAAGGACAACACGGCUUGUUAUAGAAAGCUCGUAGGGUCGAGCGGGUCGAGCGAGAAGGAGAAAGACCCGUGGGCAGAGUGGCAGUUCUGUCCGGAAGGCUCGCCUUAUCAAUCAGCUGUGGACAGAUAUCGAGAGCAGCAGUCGAGAUAG